AUCGGACGUCUAUUUCUAUAAUUUUCCACGCUAUCCUACCUUACGACUUUACCGCCUCGUUCGGAGCUCUGAACUGAAGCAACUGAGCUAAAGGGGUUGAAAAGAAAACACAAAAUUGCAGAUGCGUCUCAGAUAAUUGGCAUUAACAAUGACUAGUGAUACGCAUGAUUCCACAACAAAGCCCGUUUCUCAAUCAAUGAACAUGUCGAGCCAAUCUUUGUCGGGAGUCAGCAUGACAACUCCCCCAUUUCCUGGAGUUGGUGUUCCCGGUGUCAAUUAUGCUAUAGCUUUGCAGCAGUACUACUUUCAGCAGUCACUACUGAAUCGGCAACUAGCAGCAAAGCAACAGGCUGUUGCACAUGCAAUGAGCAUCAAAGCAGCUGCUGAACAGGCAGCAGCUCGUGCCGCUGAGAUUAGCAAGCUUUUGACAGGUGAAACUAAUGAUACCCCGAAAGAAAAAGUCGAUUCCCCCAAAAGGGAACAUUUUGAAUCAAAAUCCGGUUCUCGGUCCCAAUCUCCGAGGUCUUCAAAGUCAAAAUCUGUAUCUCCUCCAAGGAAACAGAGUAUCUGCAUGGAACAAGAAGAAUAUUCACCAAAAGGUCGCAGCAGAUACAGAAAUCAUAGACAUUCCACUUAUUACUACCAUCAUGACAGGGACUAUCCUAGAUCAUAUUACAGAAGGGGUUCAGACCGUUCACGUGGAGGAAGAGAUUACUUAUAUUACCACAGGAGUAGAAGCAGGAACAGGAGAAGGUCUAUGUCUAUAUUACGCUCUAUAAGGCGCCGCCAUGAUGACUCCUCUUCUCCUAGGCGGAGGCAUAUUAGAUCUCCAUCCCCCAGGUCUGGACGAAAGAUGUCUUCAAGAGUUUCAAGCAGGCAUGGUAUUUCUAGAAGUCCCAUUAAGAGCAGUAGCACCAGCCUGAGUCCUCAGGGUGCAAGGGUUACCAGUCUAAGAAGGCCAACAGCCAGCAUAAGUUUGUCAUUUUCAGGAAACAGUCCAAGUCAUGACACCACUAGUCCUUUGGCAAAUCACAGUAGGGGUGAUCGUGAUGCUAGCGACAGUGAAACUAAUAGUGCACCUAAACCAGAUUUGAAGCAGCAGAAAAAGGAAUGUACACCUUUGAAUGUUCAGUUAACAAGGAAUGAAUGUUCUAAUUCUUCAUCAAGAUCAAGGUCCAUUUCCACUAACAAUUCUGGUGAAAGAAACGUUAUAGAACCCAGAUUUAAGAAAGCUAUCUCUGGUAAGUAUGCCUCUGUCAAUGAGAAUGAUUUACAUUCAUCCAGAUCUGAUGGAGAGUCAGUUCAAAGAGCCUCUGGUGCCACUGAUGAACGAGAUUUAGCAGAUUCUGCUCAACCAAGGUCUAAUCAUAAUACAGUAUAUCCAACUAGUAAGUUGGAUCACAACUUGUGCAAAGAAGAUAGAAUUGUUAGCAGCAGAUUUGAUGAUGGCAGUACUCAAAGCAAUGAAAUAAAGCAGCACGAUUUGAUGAAAGGGGUACAUGAGAAGGGACAUAUGGAGCUUUUUUGUGUAAACAGGCCUUCUCCAUCUCCAGAAUAUUCUCCUCUUUAUCAUCAGGACAAGAAGCGAUACUCUGUCAAGGAAAAAGAAAAUGAUGCUUCUGGAAACCGUGUGGAAGAAAAGAAAGAUGACAGGAAAAAGUUUAAACAUGAUCAGGGAACUUAUUCAGAUCAUGCAACAUUUGUGGAGAAUGAUGAAAAUGAUAACAACAAUCCCAAAAGACAAGGGGACCACUCCAGCCAUGAUGUAGACUUAUUUGAAUACCCGGAUAAUCCUGGUGAAUGUGCUAUUUUUCCUUUACCAGAAGAUGAUAAAAAUGUGGAUGAUAGGUUCCAGCAUUGCAAGAGGCUUGGGGAGCUUAGUCAAGAGCAAGAAUAUGAUAUAAAAUCCCAUACACUAGCAUCUGGUAAUGUAGUCACCAAGCAUGUUUUAAGGAGUCCAGAUGCAAGCCGACAUCCCAAAGGAUCUAAACAGCAAUCAAGGUCCAGGGAGAGAAGAAAUCAUGGCAAGCACCAUAAAAGGCAUCAGAACGAUGAAUCUGAAGAAGAUGACUAUGACAGAAAAGAAGAGCGAAACAAGUGGAAAUUGAGAAAAUGUGAUAGGAAGGAUCAUAAGAGGCAUCAUAAAAGUCACAAAGAAAGGGCAAGGAGGAAAAGGAAGCAUAGAAAAACAUCUCCUAGCUCAUCUGAUGACUCUUCCUCAUCUGACAAUGAUGAGUAUACAAAAAAGAAUUACAAGGCUCCUAUCAAGAGAUCCACUGAUUCAAUCAAAAAAAGGAGACAAUCUCUAUCUUCAUCAACUAGUUCAAGCUUGUAGUGGUCAAAACUUCGAAGUUCUGAGUGAUCUGAAAUAGUUGGUUUAAUUGUCUGGUGGGCAUCAAGUACAUCUUUUCUCCAUCAAAUUUUCAGUGGAGCUCAAGGAAGUUGAUGAAGAGGAUAUGGCAAUACGCUUCUCCAAGGGAGAAAACUACCCUUUCAAGCCAAUUAAGUUGAAAGGAAGAAAUCGUUCAAAUUGCAGUUUUUACAAUCUUUCUGUUCUCUUUUGGACUAUGAUUCGUUGUUGGCUUAGAUAUAGACUUGAGGGUGGAAGAACCAUCUGUAAGAGAGGGCCUGCAUAAUGAAGUGCCUGGUCAAACUUCAAAGAUUUGUUACAGCAUUGUCAUUCUGGAAGGUGAAGAAGCCCACAGCAACUGUCAAGCUACCAGCCUACCACCUGAUAUUAUUGCAACAUGUGUAUCCCAUAUACAUUUUGUUCGUAGUUAAAUUCUUGAUGAAUGAUAACGCUGACUAUAUAUGGCUCAUCUUUCUCUCAAAUUCGAUAUUGGUCCUCCAACCAUCCUCCAAGAAGAAUCACCUGAAAAGUUUUAAUACCACUCUUGUCAGCAUAUUUAGAGGACAUAAGUAUCCUCUAUGCUUAUUCAAGAUAGUCAUCCUCUUGGUUCA